UGAGAGGGUCAUAAACACGCAGACAGGUCGGUGUAAUGCAGGAUUUGUAUAGUCCAGCGAUCGUUGCUGCAGAGUAACCUCUGACCUCUACCAAACACCUUACCAUGGCGAAGUUGAAUUUCACAAUGGUGGCACUUCUAGUUCUUUUCUGCACUACUGCGAAUGUCUUGAUUCUCUUCGUAACGGACUGGGCACGGGAAUUAAAAUACUGGGAAGUGAAAUUUGAGGCCGAGGUUGAAGAGUUAGCCUCUCGAGCCCUAAUGUUGAGUGAUGUACGGCCAUCAUUGAACAGCACCACCACUAUAGUCAAGCAUGACGCAAUACAAAAGGAGGUUGAGCAUCCAUAUUCAUUCAAAGUUAUCAGCAAAUCUCCCGGAUGCGAAAGUGUCUAUCCCACUAAAGGCAAUGUGUUUCUACUCAUUUUGGUUGCAUGCCGACCCAAGGAAAUCAAAGAUAGAAUUCUUAUUCGGAAGACAUGGGGUAAGGUCAAAUUUCACAAGGACAAACCAAUAUUGGUGAAGUUUUUAAUAGCCUUGCCGAGUAACAUCCUUGAGAGGAGUCUAGUCGAAGACGAGAUCGCAGAGUACGGGGACAUCAUCCAGGGCGACUUUAUAGAUUCUUAUAAAAAUAUGACCUUAAAGGUGUUGAUGGGGUUAAAGUGGGCGGGGCUUAAAUGCCCAAACGCCACCUACGUCAUGAACUUAGACUCUGACAUGUUUGUGAAUGUGUACAACCUCGUGACGUUAUUGGAGACUUCCCCGCGGGAGAGAUUCGCAAUUGGGCACUUAAUAGAGAAUGCCAAACCGUUCCGUAAAAAGGACGCCAAGUGGCACACGCCAGUGGAAAUGUACCCUGACAAAUAUUAUCCGCCAUAUUUAAAUGGGCCUGCCUACGUCAUGUCAGGUGACUUGCCAGGGCUUAUCUUCAAUGCGUCUUCGCAAGUGACGUACUUACCCUGGGAUGACGUGUUCGUCGGCAUCGUUAUGAAGAAGAUUGGAAUCGAACCGUUGAGCGGGAAACAUUUUGAAGAUUACCCGAAACUUAAUAAUACUUCAGCUAUACUAAACGCUAUAAAGGGAGGGAUAGCAACACACGUGGCACAUCAAAAUGAACCAAAUCCAACAUUAUCAGAAAUAUGGAAGAAUGUAUCUAAAAGUAUCUUUAUUAAUUAGACCGUUAGGCGUUGGCAUCAUCCAACUUCAAUCUUAGAGAUUAACUGAUGAUUUUAAAAACAAUUUAAGGUAUCGUGACCGAACGGAUAUUAAGAGCACUGAGUUCAAGCUCUUGUUUUGUAUUUUUGUUCAGCAGAGAGUUUUCCCUUUGAAACAAUUAUUUGGCCCACAUUUGAUAAAACUGCAAGCGAUUUUCAAUAUUUUUUUUAAAACAUUAUAUUUGUCGAAACCGCUGGACUAACCCCAUGUGAACUAUACAAUUUUUGAAACUAAAAAUUGAUGAAACUGCUAGGCUACCUACCCCUUGUGAUUGUUGCAUUUUUUGUAAUUUUUUGUUGAU